AUGUCGUCGUUUUGUACGCUUUUCAAUUGGUCACCAACGAAUCUUGACCUAUUAACACCCAUCGUUAUUACUGAAAGUAUUGCAGUGGCUAUUCAUUGCAUGUUUUGGAUACAAUUUCUUGUUUGUUCAUCGUUGCGGCAACGAAAUAUGAUGUGGCUCUAUGUUUAUUUAAUCACCGAUUUUCUUCUUAUCACACGAUUUUUUAUUUUUUAUGGUAUUCGGUUAUCAUCGGUUUGUUUAUAUCCGAUAGGUCGAGAUGUUCUGUGUUAUUUCGAGGCAUCAUUCAAGUUUUAUCUUAAUGGGGUGCAGAGUUACUUGCUGCUAGCAUUUAAUGCCUGCCGAUACUUGCAAAUUGUCUACAAUCGAAACAUUUAUCGAGAAAAACCACGCUUAAUUUUGCUCCUUCAUGCUGCUAUCUAUGUUCUACCUGCAGUUAAUAUUAUCGUUCAAUAUUUAGCAAAAUGGGCAACGAUUUGGCGUCGACGCGGCGGAUCUUGUGACAUCACGUAUUCGUACUUACUAGUACAAAUAUACAAUUUAUGCGUCAUCUAUAUUGUGCCUAUUGUUUCGAAUAUUUUGAUUCUCGGCAUCGGCAUUCAUCAUAUUAGCUCAGUACGAGGCGUACAAAGUGUACAAAUAAUCCUUCUUCGUAGAAAACGCCAACGUGUGCUUUUACUUCAAACCAUUGCUUUUUAUUCUGUUUGGCUGAUUCUCUGGAGUCCGGAUAUUCUGGCAUUUCAAUUCUUGAACACCAAUAGCGAUCCAGCAGUCUUUACUGCUUUGCUGAGCGUUAUCGAAGUUGCACUGGAUCCAGCCAUGAUUGGUAUUAUUGACAUUCGGUUUUUAACAACGUGGAAGAAACUAUGGAAUAAGAUUAAAAGAAAGACAGAAAUUAGACCGAUUUCGUGA